GACUGUGGUGUAGAGAGAGUAAUGAGGGACCUGAGAAUUUUCCGCAUCUUUGAAGGGACCAAUGAUAUACUUCGCUUGUUCAUUGCUCUUACUGGAAUUCAGUAUGCAGGCAGCCAACUAAAAGAACUUCAGAAGGCCCUGUCCAACCCGACUGCCAACUUGGGACUUUUAGUUGGUGCUGGAGCCAAGAAGGCUAAGAGACUUGUUGGUAUUUCUACUGGUAAUGUUUCAUUGUCCAAGUAUGUACACCCAGAGCUGGCAUCUUCAGGAGAAAAAAUAGCAAAAUUAAUAGAUGCUUUUGGUGGAACUGUUGAAGACCUGCUCAUCAAGCACAAUAAAAAAAUCAUUGAGGAACAGUUCAUCUUAAAACGUCUUGCAGAUGCAGCCAUUGACAUAUAUGGCACAGUGGCUGUUCUGUCUAGGGUAACUCGCAGCCUGAAUAAUAACUACAUUUCAGCUAAGCAUGAGAAAAGGUUGUGUGAGGUGUGGUGCAGUGAGGCUGUCGAACGCAUCAGAAACAACCUGCUUCAAGCUACAGACAGUGGGGCUCAGAAAAACUUUGAAACUCUGGCAACCAUAUCCAAAGAAGUUGUAGGUCAUGGUGGAAUUUUCCAUAGACAUGUGCUUGGGUUUUGA